AUGGCUCCUGUAACCGUAGCAAUCCCAAUCGCAAUCCCAAAGAUGAGAAUGCGGUCGAAUCGCGAACAACACGAAGACUUUGGCGUUGUACCGUUAAUAGAAUCACCGUCCCAAAUCCUGCAAGACACGAAAAUGAUAAACGAUUGCUUCUUCGGAAUCGAUGCCCAAACGGCAUCGCCCCUCUUCAAAAGGCGUAUCAGCAACGAACUUCUCACAGAUCCAGAGGAGCAUAGUGGUCUGAUCUCAUCAAACAAUGAUUAUUCUCCACUCAUUCGUACAGAUAUCAGUAAUAUCAGUUCACCGUUCGACUGGGAACAACAGUGGUCUCCAUAUGAACCAAAUGCUAACUCAGAAGGAGGAGCUCUCGGAGAGAUACAC